AUGUCUAGUAAUAGUUGCCGAAAGCUGAGGUUCUACAGAUCAUCCGCUUGUAUUCCCAAUACUAAAAGCGUUCUCUCUCUCUCUCUCUCCCCUCCCCCGCAGGCGGAUCAGCUGACCGAAGAACAAAUUGCCGAAUUCAAGGAGGCCUUCUCCCUCUUCGACAAGGACGGCGACGGCACCAUCACCACCAAGGAACUGGGCACAGUCAUGAGGUCCUUGGGCCAGAACCCCACCGAAGCCGAACUCCAGGACAUGAUCAACGAGGUGGAUGCUGACGGCAAUGGCACAAUCGACUUCCCCGAGUUCCUCACCAUGAUGGCCCGCAAAAUGAAGGACACCGACUCCGAGGAAGAGAUCAGGGAAGCCUUCAGGGUGUUCGACAAGGACGGCAACGGCUUCAUCUCUGCGGCCGAGCUCAGGCACGUGAUGACCAACCUCGGAGAGAAGCUGACUGACGAGGAAGUCGAUGAGAUGAUCAGGGAAGCCGAUAUUGACGGCGACGGUCAGGUCAAUUAUGAGGAGUUCGUCACGAUGAUGACCUCGAAGUGAAGUGAUCGCGCCUCCUAAAUAUUGUAAACAAAUUUCAAACGAACAGUUUUUUCUGCUUUCCAAUUUAUCUUGUUAACGGACCGCUAAAAAAAAAAACAUUGUAAUACACGAGUCGUCACUAUCUCUUAAUUGCUAACUCUUAUUGCCUUCAUAUACACGAUCUGGCUCUCGGCUAGAGUUUCCAGCAGCAGUAUCAAGCAGCCACCACCACCACCACCACUACUUCUACGUCUGCUACUACUACUACUACUACUACUACCACUACUAUUACUACUAUAAUCCUUCCUCUAUUCUUCCUCCUCCUCCUACUUCUACCACUUUCCCUUCUACUAUGACCACGGCCCCACUCCCUCCCUCCGCCUUCGCCCCUCUGCCAGCCUACUCACCCCGCCAGCAGAACACCAGCUACAGCAAGAACAAAAGCGAGUAAAACAGCAAGAAAGCGAGCGAGCAAGCAGCCACAACCAACACCUUUUUCGGUGGCAAGGAAGGCGGGCCGUGAGGAAUCAUCUCUCGUCCGCCUGCAACAUGAAAUUCGAAGCCAAAAUGGACAAGCAAAAGAAAAAUAAGAUCGGUAAAAAUCGGACUACACCUUUGAGACAACCAUUGGAAAAGAAACAUUCGAUCAGAACCGACGGAAAAGAGCGUGUAAGUGUGGGGUGUGCGCCAGACGAGGGCGUGGAGGAUGCUGACGGGACGUGGCUGAACCUUAUCCCCCUGGCAGGAGUAAGUGACUCUGUCAGUAGCGGUAGCGCCGUUAUAGAUGGGUUGGUUGUCCUAGGGAUUGCGUCACGGGUGGCUGGACCUCUGGAAAGAAAAAAGGGAAAAUAUAUUGCUAUUUAACCAGUGAUUAUAUAUAUAUACUACACAUACAUUUAUGUAUAUUAUAUGAAUAUAUACUCGAAGUAGCAAGCGAUACUUUGUGAUGAAAGGGUAGGGAGGCUUCGUGGACGUCGUCGUCAGACCCACCGGGACAGCCCUGAAGAUCUCGCUGCCAGCUCGCGUCCACCGCCUCAAGGUGUGCUCUCCCACGUAGCCGUUCGGGCGGCCGAGGCGCGACCCCGUGCCUCUGCCGAAGCCGCCGCGGUGGCGCCAUCCGACUGUUGUGGUUGCCGCCGCGAGCCUGGCUUGGCUUGGCCGGCCGCCCCGGGUGACCUCUUCACUUCCGCCACCUUGACGUCGUGAAGGUUGCCAGGUCGCGGGUCACGCGAGUGGCCGUGACCGGUGACGCAACGCUGGCCGAGGCGCCGGUGGGUACUGUCGCUGCGAAGACUUCUCGCCGUUAUCUCCUCCAUCAUUGUUGAACAACGUGAAGACUUUUUUGAACACCCGAGAGGCCAGCCACCCUUUACUCGUCUCUCAAGACUACUUGGCUCUUUCCUUAAGUUUUCAUUUUGUCUGUCCAGUUCUGAAUAAGAAUGGAAAUAUAUAUAAAAAAUAGGUUGGUCAGUUUUUACAAGCUGUUGUAGCAAAAUUAUUAUUUUUAGUUGAGAGAACCAUUGCGUUCGUGAAAUAUAUUUGAUAAGAGGAUAGUAUCCCGUCUGGCCAAUGGUCAGGCUGGGUUACUUUGGACCUUUUUUGAAAUUCCUCUUAGAUUUUUUUUUCUUUUUAAUGAAGAUCGCUGCCUUGCGAUGCCUUUUUUAUUUUAGUUUGUCUGGAAGUUAGUUUCUCUGGUAAAUAAGAAAGGAAGGAGAGGGUGCGCUGUAUUUUUGUGUUGGUUGAAUGAAGUUGGUACAUUUCCGUAUCAUGUAAUUUCUUGUUAGGUGUGUCUUUGUCAAUUUUUCUUAAAGGAAUAGCAAAUGUAUACAUAUUGCAAAAAACAAAAAUGAAGUUGAAAAAAUUUCCUCUUGUACUACAUAAUACUAAUGUAAGGCACGUCACACAACCAUGACUGUUUCUGUUUCCCAACCACCACUUCCCUGCAUUGUUUACAUCACUUGUUUGUUAACAUUGCCGCUUUGUGCAAAGGCUCUGUUGCCUCUGCCAGCGAGCUUGACCACUUAUACUAUGAUUACGAUAGACCAUGCUGAUUAAAUAAUGGAUAUUAUGAUUAUAAUUAUUAUUGUGUAGGAGAAAUACAGUUCUUUCAAAAGUUUUUUUCGUCUUUCUUGCAACAUGUCAUGUAAAGAAAGUGUUUUUUUUUUUCUUUUUAAUGAAGAUCGCUGCCUUGCGAUGCCUUUUUUAUUUUAGUUUGUCUGGAAGUUAGUUUCUCUGGUAAAUAAGAAAGGAAGGAGAGGGUGCGCUGUAUUUUUGUGUUGGUUGAAUGAAGUUGGUACAUUUCCGUAUCAUGUAAUUUCUUGUUAGGUGUGUCUUUGUCAAUUUUUCUUAAAGGAAUAGCAAAUGUAUACAUAUUGCAAAAAACAAAAAUGAAGUUGAAAAAAUUUCCUCUUGUACUACAUAAUACUAAUGUAAGGCACGUCACACAACCAUGACUGUUUCUGUUUCCCAACCACCACUUCCCUGCAUUGUUUACAUCACUUGUUUGUUAACAUUGCCGCUUUGUGCAAAGGCUCUGUUGCCUCUGCCAGCGAGCUUGACCACUUAUACUAUGAUUACGAUAGACCAUGCUGAUUAAAUAAUGGAUAUUAUGAUUAUAAUUAUUAUUGUGUAGGAGAAAUACAGUUCUUUCAAAAGUUUUUUUCGUCUUUCUUGCAACAUGUCAUGUAAAGAAAGUGUUUUUUUUUUUCUUUCAAUUCUUUCUUGCCAUGCUUAUCAGGGUCUCAACAGUUGACGGCGGAUUGUAGUUAAGCUUCUAAUUUUUUGUUCUUGUCAAGCCCCAUUGGGGUGCAGCGCCCAGGAUGGUCACCAUGGCAACCACGCCCGCCUCCCAACCACUCGGUCCUGGCUCCGCCCACCACCUUGGGGUGUGGGCGGGCGCUAGCGAUGGGUUCGGUGUGGGAUGGGCGUGCGGCGCCGGGUACCCACCCUGCUUGGCUAUUUUAGAUUCAUUUGGGGGAAUCCUUAUAUUGCUGGUGCGUUGGUGUAGUUACGUUGUGUAUCUCGACCCAGACACUGCGACACUCGACACAACUACACAACGUGAUGAACAUUCCUUUAAAACUUGCUAUGUUUUUGUGAGGGCGAGGACCCCGCCGUGGGUUUGGUGGGGCCCCUCGCGCCUCUAAUCUUGUUUUAGUGUGGUACGAUAGGUGAGCGGAGACCUGCGGGGAGGGGGCGUGGAGGCACUCGCCGGUCUGCCCCCCUGGGCGUGCGUGCCUAGGGUGGGUGGUGGUGGCACUCGCCGGUCGCCCCCCUCCCAGGCCCUGCCCUGGAGGUUGGGGGAGGGCGGGUGGGUGGGAGGCCCUGGGAACAGGGGGGGCGUGGCGUGUGUGAGGGGGAGUGUGGGGGGAGAGGGAAGUGGUAAAUACGACCGAAAAAAUCGGCUGUGCGAGGCCGUAGUCAAGUUUACCACACCCUCUCCCACGCCUUCCCCCCGCCCCCUCCGCCGUCCGCCCCUGUCCCCUGCCUCCCUCCCAGCCCCCCCUUCCCCUCCCCUCCGACGAGCGGGGUCGGGUAUGCAGUGGGUGUCCCUCCCCUCCCCGCCAGGCCCCGUACCCCCACCCCCUCAGCUAGUGAGACCCGGUACCGCAGAGCGUCCCCGCACUACCAUCACCACUACAACACCAGCAGCAGCAGCAGCAGGUGUUGUUGCUCCUGUUGUCUCCGGGGUGUGGGCGGCGAGGGGCAGCUGUGCCGCCCGGCCGCCCCGUACCGCCCCAUCCACCCAUCACUGCACCAUUUAAAAAAGAAAAGAAAAAGGAAAAAAAAGUGUUAAUUAAUAUCAUUAGUUUUUGUCAUGUUUGGGCCCCCUUUUUUUAUAUAAACAUAUUUGACUUGUGAGCCUGUUUCCUCCUCCCGGCCGCUGGUGCCGCGCGCGCUGUGCCACCGCCGCGGCACUAGCAAGUAGCCGCAGCUCCUGACAAGCCCAUUCGCUCUUUUCAAACAUUGCCGCAUUCGAGCUAAGGUUUCCUGGUGAAGGUGCAGGAGGGGCGGGCCGGAGCCCCAGCAGCCACCUUUAGCCUCCACCAGCCAGGCCCCUCCCCGUCCUUCGCCCCGCCCUCCGCCCCGCCCUCGGCCUAAGCCCCUCCCCCUGGCACCCACACGUGGCUUCGGGGGCGCUGGCCUCGGGCGGCGGACGGUGGUGGUGGUGGCCGGGUGGGCGGUGGGUGGGGUCGCACUAGUAUUGUUGGUAGUGGGUGUGGGUGGCGGGGGCGGGGGAGCCGCUGCGGAUGCUUCACCCCACCACCAGGACUCCAUUAGUAAUUUGAGGACCGGAUGUCAUGUUGUAUUGAAUAAAAAAGAUCAAGAAAGA